GAGCGGCCCAAGACAAAGGCCAAGGCCAAGAUGGCGCCGAUAUCCGGCUACCGUUUUGGUAAACAACCUAGACAGAGCAUGCGCUGGAAAUCCCCAACGCCUAGGUCCAAGAGACCUAUAUCAGGUGAUCCAAUAGAAUCCUGCCACGUACUAGGCGAGGACAAUUUCCUAUAUAAGUGACUGACUGCCCCGGGUUGGGGUCGGUCUUCUGGUUCUCCUAAGAGCUUGCUGCACUGCCUGUCGAGAUGCAAUAAAGCCUUACUGCAGAAGAAUCCUGAUCGUGUCGUCGUCCUUCCUCGACCGAUACCGCUGGUGGGGUGGUCGUCGGUGGGCGCACGACAGCUGGUGCCGAGACCCGGGAACAUCGGACACCGCCAGAGACCCCCUGGAACAGGGAGGAUUCAGAACUGCAGGGACCCGCGUCAGAGAGGUAUGUCCUUUCUUGAAUCUGGGUUGCUCUCUUUGGGACUUGAUGCCUUUUGGGCCGGAGCGGUAGAAGGGACCCUGAUAGCGGUCGGAGCUACUGUCCUGUUACUUUUGAUUCUGUUUUGCUUCCAUAAAUAUCACUGCUGAGCUCGGACAAGUCCGGCGUAGAUAAGUCGGCGGAGCUCACGAUCGAAGGCGGUUUCGCUUUCAUUCUCUCUCCGUAAGUCGGAUGUAGAUAAACCGCUGGGAGACAAGAACACAGUGCCGCCUCUCAGUCAAAGGUAGAUAACUUGCAUGGUGGCUAAGCACUUUGUUACGGAUUUUUUAGCACCCAUUCUCUUUUCUCUCGAAGUUCUAGUUAUUCAGGGAAUAGUUAUUACCAUCACCUUUAUAAUCUUAUAUUGGGACCGAGACAAUGGGGUCCACCCAGUCUCUGGAGACGGCCCUACAACAGGUCCUGAAACAGCGCGAUAUCAAGAUCGCGCCCAGAACCCUGAAGAACUUUAUCAAGGAGAUAGAUAGAGUCGCUCCCUGGUAUACCUGCUCCGGCUCCUUGACUUUGGCAUCUUGGAAUAAAUUAGGAAGAGAUUUGGAUUUAAAGCAGGAGCAGGAUGACCUUAGGUUGGGUACUAAAGCCAUUUGGAAGCUUAUUAAGAAUUGCUUACAGGACAGAGACUGUGAAUACAUGAUUAAGGAAGGACAGCGUUCCCUUGAGAGCAUACAAGAAGGCUUAUCAGAAACUGAGCGGGGAGACAGGGUUGGCGCCAGGAGGAAGGUGAUUCCUACAGCCCCUGAGGCUGGAUUUCCCGAAAAGGGAGGGGAGAGAAAAGAGGAAGGUAACAGAGACCCCCCCUAUAACCCAGAUAUGGGGGAGGGACAAAGAUUGUACCCUUUUCAAAUGCGUCAUGCCUUUGAAAGGUGCUUUGACACUGACUGCGAGAAUUAUUCCUCGGAGUCAGAAGGAAGCUCUACUGAGGAGGAAAGAGCCCCGCCAAACGAAAUGAGGGCAAAGGAGAAAAAUAAUCCAUCUCGGCCCCUGGGUAGAAUGAGACAUCCGGCAGCAUGCUCCUUGCUGCCUCCCACAUUGAUCGGGGAGAUCUCUAGAGCUUUUCCUGUUUUUGAGGUUACUAACGAUCAACAGGAAGUGAAUAGAGUUUAUGCCCCGGUGGAGUACGGCCAGAUAAAAGAGCUGGCAGAAGCGGUGAGAAAAUAUGGGACCACCGCCAAUUUCACUUUAGCUCAACUAGAUAGGCUGGCAAAAGAUGCUAUGACACCCUCAGAUUGGCAGAUGAUAGCCAAGGCAACGCUCCCUAACAUGGGGCAGUAUUUGGAAUGGAAGGCCUUAUGGCAGGAGGCCUCCCAGGAACAGGCUAGGCUUAAUGCCACAGCCAUUACGCCUGAACAAAGGGCCUGGACUUUUGAAAUGCUUACAGGGCAGGGGGAUUACGCAAACAAUCAGAACAAUUUACCUUGGGGAAUAUAUGCACAAAUCUCCAGAUUGGCCAUUAAGGCCUGGAAACUCCUGUCGAGGAAAGGAGGAAUAGACAAUCAACUUACAAAGAUCAUACAGAGAAAUGAUGAACCGUUCUCGGAGUUUGUGGCCAGGUUAAGUGAGGCAGCAACUAGGAUUUUUGGGGACUCAGAGCAAAUUAACCCCCUAAUAGAACAAUUGAUUUUUGAACAAGCCAACCAGGCAUGUCGCGCUGCCAUCGCUUCGCGGCGGGCAAAAGGGCUGACCGAUUGGAUUAGGAUCUGCCGAGAUGUCGGUGGCCCCCUCACCAAUGAGGGACUGGCCGCGGCCAUAUUAAGACAGUCCCGUCCGGAGCAGAAAACUAAAAUGACUUGCUUUUGCUGUGGCAAAAUGGGGCAUUUCAAAAGGGAUUAUAAGGUAAAAUUAGAUCGGGACAAAAGAGACAUUAGGCCCCCAGAAAAUAGAGGAGGAGCCUCAAUAAAUCCCAAAUUAUGUCAAAGAUGCCGAAAGGCUAUCACCCUGAAGCACAAUGCCGGUCCAUUAAAGAUAUUGAAGGCAACUUGCUUCCUCAACUUUCAAAAAACGUGA